AUGCAAAAAUCAAAGAAAUCCAGCAGCUGUGGCUGUUUCGGGGUCCUUUUUAAAUCAAAAAAGAAAAACGAGGCCAAGAGGUAUGAUUUAAACAGAAAUACAUCUUCAAAUGAAGUACAAGUUGAUUCCCAUCAAAUUCAAAAUGCAGCCCACAAAUCGAUAGACCCGCCUACAGAGCGUAGAGCAAAAACAGAUACCAAUUUUUAUCAGCCACAAAAGCCAAUGCUAAAUGAAAAUGACUCACUUCCUGGGUACCAAGCAUACUAUAAAUCGACUAUGGUAAAUUAAUAUAAGUUCAAAGUUCUUAAAAACUGAAUUUUUAUUUAUUUUGUGAUAGAUUAUAUUAUUAAUACAAUUAUAUCAUCUUAAAUUAAUUAAGCAGGCAUAUAGUCUCAAAUCUUUCAAAAUCACAUGGGAAUGGUUCUUUCCACAGAGGGCAAACUCUUCCUACAAAUCAAAAACUCCCUUUAGCUCCUAAUGAGCCGAGGCCAGAUUCUCAAGAAAGCACUCGAAAAUUUUUAUUCGAUGCAAGAAAACAGGCAACUCCCCCUUUUCAUGACAUAAGCGGGAUUCAGUUCAUGAAUCUUCCACAAAUUCCUUCUCGCCCAUUCAGCCACAGCAGUGUUCCCAAUCUUUUUGAUACCCAAAACUUUAAAAAUAAACCAAUCGGGCCACUCCCUCAUUUAACCCCAGCUACACCUUGGAGGUUUAAAAGAAAUAAUAUUCCUACUUCUGCAAGAGAUAACAACAGAUUUGAAAAUAUUCUGAGCGAUCUAAAGAAAGAGCUAGAAGAAGAGCCCAGAGUUGUUAUUGAUUAA